UAUCAUCCUCUUCUUGUUCAUCAUCUUCUUCACUGGCAGCAACAAUGAAUGGCCAACGAAAAGCCAAGAUCUCUCCUACUUUCCUGAAAGUAAGACCUAGAGAAGCAGGUUUAAGGGAUCUCUCUCGUCUCUUGGCCCGCAGUGACAUAAGGCAAAGAGAUUUUGUCGACAGCUCGGAUGAAACCGGAGUCGAAUUCAAGUACAGGUGGCUGAUAUUCAUCUCCAUCGUGAUGCAGAAGUUGCUCAUGUUCUUCUCCAAGCCAAUGGCAUUGGUGGGACUGGUGAUCGAGACGUGGCUCAACUUUCUCUCCUACAACCCCAGCCCUUGUGCUUUCAUCAAACAUCUCUUCUUUAAAGGGUCGACCAUGCCGAGUAGAGAUUCAGCAGACUAUGUCUCCUUCGUUGGACAAUUAGAUGACAGAAAGAAGCUGGACAGCAGCAUAAAAAAUGGAGGCAUAAGGUAUUUCCCAGCAUUGUGUAUGAUGGCUUCCAAAGCAGCAUAUGAGAACGAAGCCUACAUUCAGAGUAUGGUCAAGGACUGGGAGAUGGUGGAGUUCUUGGAAUUUAAGAACUGUUGGAAUGAUUACCGAAACAAAGCCACGACCGGAGUCUAUUUCCUUCGAGUCAAAGGCGAUGAUCACGACACCAUUGUCGUUGCUUUUAGAGGAACCAUGCCAUUCAGCGCGGACGAUUGGUGCACAGACUGGGAUCUCUCACAAAAACAGCUCGACUACAUGGGAAGCGUCCACGAAGGCUUCAUGAGAGCCCUAGGGCUACCCAAAGAUGAGCAAAACGACCCAAAUUUCUUCAAUUGGCCGGUGGACUGCGAACAAAAACAACCCACGGCCUACUAUUUCGUAAGAGACAAGUUGAAACAACUAUUGAACGGAAACGAGAAAACGAAAUUCGUAGUGACCGGCCAUAGUUUGGGCGGCGCGUUAGCGAUUCUCUUCCCUACGGUCUUGCUUUACCAAGACGAGAACAUGCUCGUGCAGCGAUUGGAUGGCGUCUACACGUACGGUCAGCCGAGGGUCGGCGACGGAAAGUUCGCCGAGUUCAUGAAAAAAGUGUUGAAAGAGCAAAAUGUUCGAUAUUUGAGAUUCGUUUACGAUUUCGACAUGGUCCCGAGGCUGCCUUUUGACGACGAAGAUCAUUGGUACACGCACUUUGGCAAGUGUUUGUACUAUGAUUGUCAUUAUAAAGGGAAGGGUGUGUCGGUGUUACCUAACAAGAAUUAUUUCUCGUUGGUGUUCGCCGGCAUCACGAUGAUGAGUGCCUUGUAUGUGUUGGCGGAAAGCGUCGCGAUGUCGGUGAAUAUGAUCAUGAGUGCUUUCUAUGAGGUGGUACAAGGCUUCACAAUUCAAUAUACGAAGGGAUCAUAUUAUAAAGAAGGGUGGUUGUCACGUAGUAGUAGAGUAAUCGGAAUGAUGAUCAUCGGACUUCCGGAUCAUUCACCUUAUGGUUAUGUCAACAUUACUAGCCUUGGAUCACCGGAAGAUCUAGUAGAUUCAUAGUUCUUUUUAACUUGUUAUUUCGGGAUAAGCCGAAAGAAUGUUAGGAUUGUGGUCACAGUCCCGAAAAAAUUAAAUUUUCAUAUAACUUAAGUAUUUUUCUUCG